CGCGGGCUGGCAAAAGACCCAAAGUAACCCCAAAAAACAAAAGAGUACAGAAAAGACUCAAAACGCAUUCCAGAAAGUGACGAGUGUGUGUUGAGUUGAAAGGCGAUGCGAAACACACCAGUGGCAACGCGCCCAGUUCCGCCCAUAUUUCAGGUUUUGCGCCGUACUGUAGCUGUGUGCUGAAGAAGAAGUACCCUCUUUCAGUUCCCACUUGCGGCCCCCAAAUGGCGCAUCUGAUCCUGUUUUUUCAAGCACACCUCUGUGUUUGACGCGCGUCAUUUUCUUCUUUUAUAGUUUCGUCCUAAAGCCACUCACUCUCUUCCAAUCUCUGCUUGUGCUUGGAUUGUUUCGUGAACCAUGAGAAAUUACACCUUAUUGCGUGCUUUCAUGGCACUUGCUCUCACUUAUUCUCUUCACUUCCAUGCUCAGGCUGCCCCUGCAGGACCAUUGAUUAAGCACAUUUCUUCAUUUCUCAAAUGGACGAGGUCGACCUCUAAGACGCCUCAGUCAGAUGGCAAUGUUCUGCAAUUUGAGAAUGGUUACGUUGUCGAGACUGUGGUGGAAGGAAACGAGAUUGGGGUCAUUCCUUACAGUAUUCGUGUCUCCGAGGAUGGUGAACUCUUUGCUGUUGAUUCAAUAAAUAGCAACAUUGUCCGAAUUACACCGCCAUUGUCCCAAUAUAGUAGGGGAAGGCUGGUGGCUGGGUCAUUUCAGGGUUACACUGGACAUGUUGAUGGGAAACCAAGUGAUGCUCGUUUUAAUCAUCCCAAAGGCAUCACUUUGGAUGAUAAAGGGAAUGUUUAUGUUGCAGAUACUCAGAAUCUGGCCAUUAGAAAGAUUGGAGAUUCUGGUGUGACAACCAUUGCUGGAGGAAAGUCAAAUGUUGUAGGCUACAGGGAUGGCCCCAGUGAGGAUGCUAAGUUCUCAAAUGAUUUUGAUGUGGUUUAUCUUCGGCCAACUUGUUCCUUGUUGGUCAUUGAUAGAGGAAAUGCUGCUCUUCGACAAAUAUCUCUCAACCAGGAGGAUUGUGACUAUCAACAUAGUUCAAUUUCCACUACAGAUAUUCUUACAGUUGUUGCUGCUAUCAUAGCAGGAUAUGCCACAUGCAUCCUGCAGCAAGGUUUUGGGUCCUCUUUCUUCUCCAAAACGCAACGGUCAGGGGGAGAAUUCAAAGGCCAAGCAAACAAUGAAAAACCUAUGUCGAUACCAGGGAGUGGUAAAGACGACCCAGGAUGGCCAUCUUUUGGACAGCUUAUCAUUGAUCUUUCUAAGCUUUCCCUUGAAACAAUGGUUAGUGCGUUUUUUCAAUUCAUACCUUCACGUUUUAGAUCUGACAGCCCUGAGAGAGGCCUCACACCAUUAAAAGAUAGUCUUCGGAUGCCUGAGGACGAACCAGAGUCCCCAUUGGUCGAUAGGCAGAGUGCUCCUGCUCCUGUCAUUGAAAAUAGACAGAUCCAUACACCAAACACAGCUGAGAAAUAUUCAGAAUUGACGCCCCACAAAGUAAAAUCAAGCAGUUUCAAAGAUCCAUCCUUGUCCAGCAGGCACCGAUCAUCAAAAAGACAGGAAUAUGUUGGAUUCUAUGGAUCUAGUGAGGUUCCACCUUACAUCAAAUCUAAGAGCCAAAAGGAAAGGUCUAGACAUCGGCAGCGAGAGAAGAGCGGGGAAGUGGGUUAUGGGGCAGUUGGAGCAGAGCCAAAACCUGUUGAGAUGAAUGCAGUUGAUUAUGACAACCCAAAGUUUGACCAUUAUAAUUUGAGGACUAAGUACAUGCCUGGAGAGUCCUUCCGUUUCAACCCUUAGCAAUGGAAUAGGUGCUUCAUAUUUUUUUAUGCCCAUGACAUUAAAUAUGUGCUGUAAGGCAUAGAUUCUGCAACUUAUUCUGUAUUAUGGAGCAUCUAUUCUGCAAUCUGCAUUGAGCAAGCCAGUUAAGAAAUGGAUAAAUUUUUAGGCAUGUGCCGGAAAGGCUUGACUGAGCAGCUCAAACAAUCGAUGAAGCUUAACAAUAUAUUAGGGAGGAAAUCUUUAAACUCAAAUCUUUUUCAAAUAAUCAAAAUUAUUACAAUUUGUUUA